CUUCUGUACAGCUACAUAGUGUUCGCAUCUUUGCUUUGUUAUUUUAAUUGGCAGAACUUCUGAACCGGUUUCGGGCCUUCAGACCACCCGGCAAAGUUCACCUACUGCCAUUUUUUUUACUUUUUCCUCUCAUCAUGCUGCCGCCCAUCUCGUUUUUGAUCUUGGGCGCGAGUAUUUCGCUUAUCCGCACUGUAGAAAUGCAGCCAUACACAACCUUCGAAGAAACCCACCGGAUCAAUCCGGAAUUCGGUAUGCCGAAGCACAAUGCCACAACUGUCGUUCCAGCAGCACUACAUAACAAUGUAUUCCGAGAGCCUGAUUAUCCGAAUGGACAGCCACUUCCGAUGCAGUAUCGGAGUAUGCCUGCACUCUUCGACCCGGCAUCCACUGGAGAAACACAUGUUAAUCACUCCCGGAAACUUCCCGGGCUCGCACAACCGGCUACGUUUAUCCAUACUGGAGAGAAUCUCAACAUAACGGCAGAAAGAGUUCAGGCAGAAGAAGCGGCAGCAGCGAAUACAACGCCAUCACCUUGCGGUCCCGAUGUCCACCCUGACGAUUGUAUUGACGACAACCUUGACGUUACUAAUAGUACGGAAUCGAUACCCGAAACGACAACACCAUUCGAACCUGUCAACGAGCCGGAAUUCCUCAAGCUGCUGAUCGGCCGCGAUCUCGAAAACAGCACAGAUACUCGGGGUUAAUUUUUCAAAUGUUUCUUGUUUUAUUUUGUUUGUAACGCAUUCCCGCCGUUUGAUCCUGCAGAGCAAAUAUUAAGUUGCUUGAUAGUGUUGAGAAAAGUGCCGGGAACGCCGGGAACGUUACUUGAAACUGCGUAGGAUCACUGUUUUCCUGUUUUUUAUUGUCUGCCAACUUUUAAAUUAUCUGUUACAAAAUUGCAGCUAGUUAGUUAUUUUUUUUCUAUCAUGGCGAAGUAGG